AUGAACAACCAAAGUGUUUAGAGAUAAUUAGAAUUUGACAAUAAUUAAAAUAAGCCAUAAGCUGCUCCUGUUUCUCCUAUAAGCAAGACAAGUGAAUUUUAAUUUUCUAAAAAGCAUGAUACUCUUGCAAGCUAAAUUUCUGCACCUCCACCUCCUCCAGCAAGUUUUUCUUCAAGACACAAACCAUCAAUAGAUAAAAGAGUAGCAAGACCAAGUAGAUGGAAUCGCUUUUUAAGUUAUUUUAUUUGUUGUAAUAAUAAUGAAAGUGAUGUAGAAGCAGAAAAUGCUUCUUCUACAGCAAAAUUAUCAAAUUGUAAAAGUUUUAAAAGCAAUUAAGCAGAGUGGAUUGCAGCUGAUCAUUUAAGCGGAUCAAAUAGUGAAGCAAAAUUAAGCAGUGGAAGCCAAAUAGGAUUGCAAUUCAGAAAUACAAGCAAUUCAAAUCCGUAACUUUAUAAUAUUCUUUCCUUUUGCUAAAGUGGAUAUUCUUAAUUGUGCUUUGGACAUUAUAGUUUUUUAUAGAUACCUGUAAGAUUUGAGUAGUACCAAUAUACUACAAGAAAGCAAUUCUCUGAUAUAUUUUCGCGUAUAUUUUCAGGAGAACAUGCCUUGGUCGUUUAAGCUUACCUAGAUUGGGACUUUGUUGGUAGCAUCUCAAAAGGAUAUGAAUUUGUUCUUUGUGCUUUUUCUUCUUAUUUAACUAGCCUUCCUCCACCUAAUGCAAUAGCAGCAAAUUAUGCUGUUAAUGGAGUUAUUUAGUAUAAUUAAAAUAUGCAAGGUAGUAGUGGUCAAGCAACAACAAAACUAAAUAAUUCUUCAAGCUCUAGUGGCUAGGGUUUGUAUUAGUACACUAAAAUACCUGAUGAUUUAUAUUAAAAGCACGAUCUUCAUAAUACUGAAUUUUUGUAUUGCUAAGAUUUAAAUUAUACGAUGAAUUUAGAACUUUUUGAUAAGAUUUUAGUAAUACCUGCCAGUUUAAAAUAAUAAGGGAAUUCAUUUGAUGGCAAUUUUAAUAUGAGACAAGAGUUUCGUCAUUCGUUUUAGGAAGCAUUGAUGAACCACAUUGAAAUAUUAAAUAAAACAUUAUUUGUGGUUCCUAAGUAUUGUAAAAUAAGAGAAUUAAUGCUAAUUAUUUAUGACUGUUUCUAUAAGAGCAACCUUACUAUAUAUGAGUUAAAUUUUGGUAUUCAAUUUCAUUCUUUUUCUGAUGAAUUCUUCGAAGUAGAGUGCAUAGUGAUUUAGUUUAGCGAGAACUAGCAUCUAGAGACUGUCGCAGCCCUAUCACAAAGAGUCUUUUCGAACAUUAAUCCUACCAUUCCUACCCUUUGCCUUUCUCCAAAAAAGAAGUUAGAUGAGAGUAACAAGUAGCUAGAAAAAAGCAAAUAAAAGAGAUUAGAAGAAAGUCAGAAAUCUAAUAAAAUAGAAGUCAGAUAGUAGUAAUUAGUUGAUACAAAUUCAGAAAAAUAAAGUAAUAAAGAUAGUGUUAAAUCUGACACUGCAAAAAGAAGCUAAGAUGAGUUUAUAGCUGAAGAAGACUCUCAUGCAGGUAAAGUGAUAAAUGCAAAUCAAAAGCCUAUAUCUGAGUUUUUUGAGGACGAAUAUGUUUCACAAAUAGGUUAAGCUUGCUUUAAAAAUCUUUAUAAUUUUUUAAAAGAAUUAAAUACCCAGUUUAUAAUUUAAGAUAAUAUAUUCUAUUAUCGUACACAUGUUAUAGAUGUUAUGCUCAAAAAUAAUAUAAUAUAGCAAUAAUUUAUUCAAACUCUUGUUAAUCAUUUUCUCAAAUAAGAUCUUAUUAAACACGCUAACGCAGUUAUAUCUCCUAAAAAUGGAUCUUAAAAGGGAGAAAAAAGCUAAGGACAGAAAAAAAAUAAAAAAAAUGAGAAUAAUAAAAAGGGUAAUCAACAAUCAAAUAAUUUGGAUUUUAAAGAAUUUUUCAGGAAAAACUCCCAAUAUUUCAAACUUAAUUUAGACGAUACAAUUGAAAAAAAUGACUCUAAUUUAGGCUAAAUGUAUUCCCCAUCUGACUAUGAAGAUUAAAGCUAGACAACUACUGAUUAAGAUAACCUUCAUUUCGGAGAAAAAAACUCUUAAACAUCUCAGCCAAUGCUAACAUAAUAAAACCAUAACACACCUCCAGUAGUAAAAUAAUAACAGUAACAAUUGAGCAGCCAACCUAUUGAAGAAAUUCCUAGUGAUACAAGUAAUUCAAAUAGGGAAUCUCACUAGAAUAUAAAUAACUAAUCGGCAGAUUAGCCAAGAAUAGCAACAAGGAUUCGUCCUAAAUAAACUAGUUUAAAUUAUUAUACAUCAGGAACUAGGAAUAAACACAUAGGCUUCAAAUCAAACAAACAAGCUUAAGGAAGCUUUGAUGAAGAUAUUCUUAAUAGAACCACAGCUUCUAAAAUUUUUGGGGAUAAAAAAAUUCUGAAAGAUUUAGAAUUGCUGUAAGAAGUUGAUACCAAAAGUAAUUCUAAGCAAAUAAAUAUAAAAUUUAUCCAAGAAGUAAUACCUGAAGAAAUUUACAGCAACACAAGCAGUAAAAUGUUAAGAAACCGUAAUUUUAGUUAAAAAUGA